CUCUGAGUGCACGACUGCGGUUUGAAGUGUUUUGCAUACCAACUUGGGGUUCAAGGGAUCGUGUAACAGUAGUUUUACGUCAAGCUUUUAUGCUUCACUUCGUCCUCCUGUUUGUUUUCAAAUUGUUCUGAAUACAGGACUAAAUUCAUUUACGAAAUGUAUCUGAAAAGCAUUCUUUUCGUGCUUGGUAAGUCCACGGCCUAUAUUUUUAUAAUCAUUUAUUUCAGCCUUUGUCUUAAAACACUAGCACGUGUUGUAAAGCAUGGAUAGCUCCUUCUUUACUCGGGAGGCAUGAAACUUCUCGAUUCCUCUGACUAUUCGAGUUAUCGCAUGCCCUUAUUUGAUAAACUUACUGAACAAUAUCGCUAAAGCUUUGCUGGCUGUGUACGAAAAUGUGCCUACAGAGUGGUCCAAUAUUUCCAGAUGAUGUUUACCGACGGCAGUGAAAGCGUCUUGCACAGUUAUGGUCAUAUGGCAUGCAAGCUGCCAUUUGCGAAGUUAGCUCCGCUUUAAUUUAGUUUGCUUAAACCCUUCACUACCACAGAAGAGCUUUUUUGAAUGAACUGUAGUUAAUGUCGACAACUAGACAUAGCCCAGGGUCGAUGUUCUGUAUUUUGUUAAUAAGCUAGCAGAACAGCAAAUACGAACAAGAAGUGAUUUUGAAGAGCAUUUCACUAUAAAAAAUUGCGAUAAAACAUUUCUUAAAAUCAUUUUAGGAUUAAAAAAAAUUGCUAAAAAGCGACGACGUUUCGACGUUAGCUGAACGUCAUUAUCAAGUCAAAAUAAGUUAGUGAUUUUUGGUCUAUAAAUACUAAAAAAAACAACAAUAGCUGAUUAAAAAUUGUAACGUGAGAAAAUAUUAAACAAAGAGUUUCGCACGUAUGGAGUCCGUCUGAAUAUUUAAAUUGGGCUUAAGUUUCUUGAUGAAGAGCAUUUCAAAUACUAAACAAUCAAAUUUGCUCUGGCACUUUCUUAAAACCGUGAAUUGGCUUUCUCUCAAAAGGUUGUUGUUACCGUGAGCUUCUAAGAAAUGUCUACCGAUUGCCGAAUUUUUGUGCUCAGCAAUGCGUUGAUGAAGGUGUCGGGCUGUGUACCCGACAUAAUCUGCAUCGCACAGAUCACAUGAAAAAUUGUAAACAACACACUGCUUAUUAACAAUUGACGGCUUGAUUUCUUUGGGUCUGAGGUCUUGCCCCAAUUUCUUGCUCACGAAAACUGGUUGCAAAGUAGGGCCAAUCUUAUGGCUAAGAUCGCGUAACUGCUUACGAACCGCAUUAGCGGCCACUUGAUCUUUAAAAGGAAGACUAAUUCUUACUAUGCUACUAUCAUCAUUGUUUCUUUCUGCUUUGUUCGCUGAGGAAUUUAGAAAAAGAAACUUUUUGAUAGCAGAAUCAAUAACACUCAUUGGAUAGUCAAGGCGACUAAAUAUAGAGCGCAACUUGGCACAUUCUGCAUUGAAAGCCUCUGUUGUAGACGACAAAAAGCGGAAAAUAUUUCUUUGGCUGGGAAUCGAUCACAUGCACUGAUCGAAAGGUGUCAAUAAAGACUCACAUAAUAGAGAUGUAUGGAGAGCAUGCUCGGCGAAUGCAGAAACGGCGUUGGGUGUCGAAAGGCCAUCAAAGCCAAUAAAUGAUAAAUACUAGGAAAUCGCGAAGUCGAUGCGGUAUUGUGAGGGUAUCGUUUGAUCAUAGUAAUCUUUUGAAUAGACUAUCAAACGUUACGACACCUUAAUAGUAUUGAAAGGGACAUAUAAUAGAGAAAAGGGAGAGAGGGGUUAUUUAUUCACAAAAGUACGAUUCUCAGACAUUGAUCUGCGGUAUAAAGUUGUAUAUUUUAUAGAGUGUUUUCACUCAAGUGGCCAGCAUCUAUGCAAAUUUAUUGGAACAAAAGAAAGCGUUUGCAUAAGAAAGGAGUUCAACUCCCACAGGACUGGUUUGGGACACCAACAUGGAAACCGUUUCAUUGUUUUGGGACACCAAUAUGGCUGCCGUGACGUCAUGUGAAAACACUCUAUUAAUAUUGCUCAUCAAGAUCCGGAAUAGGGAACUAAUCUUCCAUUUAAUAAUAUUAAGGUAAAUUGUUAAGCGUCUUUAAACACAGUUCGAAUUUUACCUCCCAUUUUCCAACCGUGCUACGUUUUGCGGGUAUUUAAUUACAGCUACUUAAAACUACACGGACAGGAAAGAAGUCGGAAUUUACUAGGGAUUUGAGAUCACACGUGGGAAUCGAACUCGGGACUUCUCGCCCGGAAGGCAUGGCAGUAACUAGGAGCGUAUCACCCAGUAACCAAAUGUGCCGAUCCUUGAUUCGCCCCGUGUAAGGUAAUUCAGAUGCCGGAAUCCGAGAAUUUUGCUUUUGGAAUUCGGAAUCCCGGGCUUUGAAAUCUGAAAUUCAGCUCAAGGAAUCCAGAAACCUGUUAAUGAUUGGAAUCCGGAAUCUAGCACCUGGAAUCCGGAAUCCACGGUGGAAUUCCGAAUCCAAGACUGUCUUGGAUUCCCUUACAUGAUUCGACUCGGCUCCUAUUAAAAUUGGCAAUGACUUUUAACGCCAUCUUGAUCAUGAUUUACGAAUUUAUUGUUCUUGUAACAACUACUAAUUUUACAUUCAUAACGGUUUCUUUAAGCUAUCCUUUCUGGAAGUCAGGCUAAAGAUGAUAAGCUUCCUAAAAUUGGCGAUUGUACGUAUAUGGAAUAUCAUUGUGAUGCCAAUAAAUGUCAAACAGACUUUUUUAAAGGACUCCAGAAAGACCCUAAUGGAGAUUGCAGGUACAGUACAGUUCGUAACUUUGGCUUACCGCGGCUUGAAAUCCCGCCGUACUUUUUCGCGGUAAUACCAACCCCCGAGAUAUUUAUCUCAGCGAGCCCGUUCAGAGAAAAAAAAAACAUCCUCAUGCUAUUAAGCAAGAUUGUUUCGAAAAUUCAAGAGAGAAAAGGGAGUGAUUUUAAGUUUCUUACUUUUUCAGUGCAGAUCCUUGAAUUACUUAAUAAAAAUUAAUACCAACGACUUUCCCCUAUCAUUCACCAUGAAUUCAAAUAUGCUUUAUUUUGCUACAUAAUAGAGUGGAGAAGUGUGACGUCAGGUACCAUCAUAGCAAAAUUUCUGGAUCACAACAAUUCUUGGUUUGCAACCACGUGACAAGGCGGCCAUGUUGGCUCAAUACAAUAGAGAAAUUUGUUCUUGACCACUAACAUGUCCGCCGUGACGUCACGUGCAAAUCAGCAAUAAGGAGCUUAAUAUAGAGCGUUAAGUUUCCUGAGGUAGUGUCGAGGAUCCUGUUCUGUGUGUUUGAAGGCACGUCGGAGACCGGAACUGGGAAUUUUGGUUACACCUAUAAUUAGCCACAAUUGGAUAUUAAUUAAAACAAAAAGUGUCCAAAGCAAGUUCAACUUCAUCAGCACUCAGACUGAGUUAUUCUAACCUUCAUAAAUUAAAAACAUCCCAACCACCGAAAAGCAAGGUGAUCGUAUCAAAAAUGCAAAUAAACCAUGCUAGCCUCAAUUCUCGACGUAUGUUUUGUUUCUUUUCAUUAUCAUUUCUAAUGGUCAUUUUGUCAUUCUGUAUCCACAGCGCCAAGUUCAAGAAACUGAUCAAUUGCGUAAUUAAGACGGUUGAAAUUUGUGUUGGAAAUGUACUACCAGAAAGUUGGAUCGAAAAUCUUGUUCACGGAAACUUUAAAGAAAAUACCAUGUGUUUGAAAGGCGGGAGGGAGAUUCCAUCUUUGCUAUCGCUAGACUACCUAUGUAACAGCUCGUUCAUCCCUGCUGCAAACAACUGUUCGAGGGAUUUCCAUCAAAAGUUCGACGCAGACAAGUCAGAUCCCGAACUGUGCUCGUAAGUCGAAACAUUGAGCGAAUACAGUCAAACCCCGCUUUACGAAUAUCCGCAUAAUACGGACAGUUUGCUUUGUCCCUGGGGAAAGAAAGCCCUUACAUUUUUUCUAAAUUCAACCCGCUUAAUACGGUCGGGUACCCUGUCAAUACGGACACUUUCUAUGCCUGCUUCUGUGUCCUUAUGAAAGAGGUUUGACUGUACUAUACAGCUAACUAUAAACACCCUGAUCUUCGACGCCGGUCCCGUUUGUAAGGAGAAAACUUGUCAUGGGUAGAAGGGUCACUCGGCUACAGGAGCUACUCUGGGCGAGCUAACUGUUCAUAGAAAACUUGGCGAACCGUUUACACGAGAAACAAGUUAGCUCGGCUAGGCGGGUUAUGGUCACCUUUUUUCGAUCGUAGGGUCACCCUUCUAGCCAGGCCAACUUUACUCCGCAUAAACACUUCACCGGUCCUAACCGGGACAACUCAGUCAAGGGGAGACAAUAGCAGGGACUUUGAGAUCCAACGACGCGGACGGCAACAAGAACGUCAAAAAAACAAUAGGUUUAAUAAGCAAAACAACAACUUUGCACGUGCAUUACGCUUGUUUGCACAUUUCUCUGCCCGUUUUUGCACGACUACAACGUGAAAAUGCCUAAUUUCGCCUUUUAUGGAGUACGUAAACAAGCAACUACGAAAUUUUGUUUCUCUUUCUGUACUUGGAUAUGGUCCGUAGGAAUUCAACUCCAGGAGGGUUCGCCUACAUUUGACAAGUAAGUGGGGGGUAGGAAAAAUUACGAUAAAGACUGAAAGAACGUAAAUUUACGUUUUUAAGCGACGUUCUCGUUGCUGUCGCGUCGUUGGAUCUUAAAGUCCCUAAUCAGAGCAUCCGCGAGCGCUGUUGAAAGGGCAAAGGGGUCACGUUUUUUUCCAUAUAAGCGCUCGUUAAAGUUGACUUGACUGAGAGGGUGACAUUCUUUUCAGAGACCACGUUUCUCCACAUAAACGGGGCCUAAGUUUAAAACGGUGCUAGCUGUGUCUAAAGCCUUACGCCCUUCAGAGAAAUACAAAAUUAAUGACAAAUACAAUGUAUUCACCCUCCAAGUCUCAAGAGUACAGUGGCAAACAUUCAUUUUCUCUUAAAAAUAUUUCAACAUCACCCAGAGAAAAGGUUAUGCGUUUAAUUGAAAUGAUCCCCGAUGGGAAUACAUACACUGAAAUGAAAAAUAAUUUUCUUUCGAUUUAUCUGCAGAGUUCGCACGGAAUUUUUAGUUCUUGAAAACAGCUGAAUUGAAAGUUGCAAACCAGUAUAAAAAAUAAUGAUAAAGACUGAAAAAAAUAACGGAAACAAUUCUGGAGUUGAAAAUGCCUUGAACUGGAAAAAGAUAUAAUUUUUUUCGGAAAUAGUCUUUAAUUAUCACAUCAAAAAAUCUGUACGAGCCCUGUGUACUGUAUCUGACUGCUAUUUAACAACAACAACAACUAAAAAGACUUGUAUUUGAAAAGAAUGAGGGGUAUCGCAGAUAAUUUACCCUUUCACUGCCAGACUGUCACUUCUGAGUCUGUGGACAAAAUUCUAUGGAGUGACCAUUCAAAUGAAACAUCUCUGCCUGUGCUUUUAGAUGGUUAUAUUUGUUUUUCAAAAUUUUACGAAAUGAAAUUGGACGUUUGUGUUGAAUUUUGCCCUUGGCCACAGUCGGCAGUGAAAGGGUUAAAGGAAGGUAUAUCUCUCGUAAGGAGCAAAGCGCCGGCCCUUCCCAGCCUUCGAACGAUCCGUCAUUGCAACUCCAGCAAUUAUCUCUUGUCAUUGAUCUCCAGUGAAAAUGCAGAUGCAAAGAAGUGUCUGAAGAAUGUCAAAGAAACUGCCUGUACCUUUGCUCCUAAAACCAAGCCAGUGCUCGAUUUACAGUUGGGAUUCAGUGAUUACAAUCCUUUCUGCGACAACAAUCGGGAUCCUGGGGCGACCGGAAAAGACCAAUGCGAUGAAGUGAAGGACCUCAACAAUCCCCUGAACAACAGUCCUGAAACCGCUGGAAUGAGAAUUGGCGUUCUGCAGGCUCUAUUGAUCACUUUUCUCUUGCUUUUUUUCUAUGUUUAGAUCUUAAGUAGCGAAGCAAUGUUUGAAUGUCAAGCAGUAAUGUAAAUGCUGCAUUCCGAUUUUAGAAGUAAAUGAAGCAGUUGUCAAAAAAGGAAAAUGUGAGCAUUGUAAAUCUAGUUAACGGAAGAACGUAAAGUUAAGGGCAACAAAAAUACGAAUAAAAACAAAGCACGUAAGUCAUUUUAGUUAAAGAUGAAGUCAAUUGAUAUGAAAAUAACUUCACCGAGGGACACGCUGCGAUCACAGUCCUUUUCAUUUUAAGUUUCUGGGAAACUGCCCACCUACCCCUCCC